GUAGAUUUCUCCCAACCCCGGGUGUAUUUCCAUAAUAACCAGAGGCUGAAGUCGCCCUCAAUCCUUUGACUGCAGAUGGGAGCAGUUGUGAUGGGGCGGAGAAGUCCAGGGGUAGAGAUGAUUUGUCUCCAUCACAACUUUUGACGCCGCUUUACUCAACUUCUUAGGGCUCAUCAGGAAGAGAGGAAGCUGAUGGUGGCGACAAGUGAAGACGAUCAGAGUGGCGAGGGUUAUCAAGAGGAUGGCGCAUAGGAGACAAAUGAAGGUGAGGGCUGUGGGACUAGAAAAAGUUUCCAUCAUUCGCUCGCGAAACGAUUUCCCAUUUGGGCGGUCACAGUCAACGACACUGAGGUACAUAUACAUCCAACGAGCAGCAACAUCGUACGCCAAGGAUCCUACGCACAUAUAGCCACCGGUGUCGUUUUUGUUCACUGCGUCCAAAUUGUAAAUUAG